CUUGUUUUUCUCUUAUUGUUUAAUUUAACAAAUGUCCCCUCCCGAAUGUCUGGCCUGCACUCAGCACUCAAUCAAAGCUGAAAACAGACACUGAUUCAUGAAUGAUUCAUGGUGUGGGCGGGAGCUUCUGUUGCUGUGAGCAGCGCUGGGGGCAGGACACUGGAAUUGUGACAGGCCGAUUAUCGAAUGGUGCAGAGGCAGGGCUAAAAAGAAAAGCCAAUGAUGGAGAGGAGCCCAUGCCGUUCAGCCCAGGCAUGAAGAGCUGCAAGGAGUGGCGGAGGAGGGAGCGAGCGAGUGCACGGGCGACGGCUGAAAGUGCAUGAGUGCGCUGAGGAGGAAAACAGGUUGAGGAGUGAACGCAGAGCAGGGAGAGAGUGGAGGACAGAGCGGUAGGUGGAGCACCAAAAAAAAAGAGGAGAGUGCAUCUGUUGACUUGCAUCUUCUAAAGACUAAGCCAGACGCACAGAAAUCAUGGCCAACAUCACUACCACUACACAGCCAAGUAAUCUCCUAUGGCACCCAGAGGCGGCACCUCUCUCCCAUGUCUCGUUCCAGGUCCAGGAGGUCUACCCUUUCCACGACGGCUGGAAUGUAGCCUGCUUUAUCAUCCUGCUGCUCUUCAUCCUCACUGUCUUGUCUCUGGCCGCCUUGGCCGUGCUCUACGAGCUACUGGACUGUGGGUGCUGUGCCAAAGGGAAGACACAUCAGCAGCUACAGGAGGAAGGUCCAGCAAGCUGUAGCAAGCUCAUGACCAGCAUGUGCAAGGAGCCAGAGUCCCUCACUGAGGUGGUAUAGGGGCAGCGAGGUGAAAGAUAAGAGUGAGCAUUCGGGCUUCAAUGCUGAACUGGGAAAUAUCACAGCGUUGACCUCCCCCCUACCCCUCAAAGAACUUUUAAAACUGCCCAAUAGUGGUUCAAUUGUUCACAAAUAAGGAUGCAGAGGGAAGAGACAAGGUAACAGGGCAAAGUAAAAAAAGGAAGGGGGUAGUUUAUCUGGCAGUGAGUCUAAUUAGCUUUUCAUUUAAAUUAGGAGGGAAUCGUCACACAUCUACAUUCACUACCACUUAACACUUAGGGCAGACCCUUAAAGCUAUAUUUUAUACCAGAAAUACUACCAGAGAGCACCUGAGUAGUCUAGUAAUAAUAGUACUAGGAGUGUGGAUGGAAACACACAGUAACAAAAAAAAAAAAAAAAAAAAACACUAAUCAGACCCUACAUUAGCUAGUAUUCUUGUUCAACGACACCUGCCCUGUGAGUAUUGCACGUGUGUGAGAAAACGCAGUCCAAAUCUACAGACUUGAAUAUCCUAUUUUUCCCAACAGGACCUGACGUACAACAAGAAAAUUACCGAGUAUAGCUGGACAGCAUCGUUGCUUCAGAUAAAGCCUGUGUUUUUCUGCUCCUUAGUAAAUUGUAUGCCAGUGUUGUCAACAUGUUUAGCAUUGCAACAUUAUCUCAUGACAAGUGAAACUUGAUUGCUGCACAGUGGUGUAAUUUAUCAUGUCAUAUUGAACGCAAUGUAUGAUUUUGUAUGCCUUACCACAAAAUGCCUAAUAAAUUGUCACUGAAUUAUG